GAUAAACAGUAUUUUUACUGAUUGAGUAAAACACCUUGUUGCUGCUGCAGUGUGCUUAAAGUAAUUUGACUGGGCCAGAUGUAACUGCAGUUUUUAACUUCUCCACUGAGAAGAUACUGAUACACCACUCUCAAAAGAAUACGAACGGAACAAUGAAAUCGAACCUUAAUCACUCUUUCAAAAUGAAAUGUGAUUUCGAUCGAACGGAUCUUCAUGGUGGGUUCACACCUGUAAAAUCUGCAGAGAAAACAAUACUGGAGGAACCCUGCCCUUUGAAAUCUGGGGAAAAGCUUUGCAGAAGCUGUGAUGAAGAGCAUCAGCAAAUACUGAGUGAACUGUACCAUGCAGCCCCCAGAAAUCUAGAUCCUGAAGAUGAAGGAAAGCCUGUACAUAACAAAGAAAACAAGCAUGUAACCCAAAGAUUUGAUGAAGGGGUCUAUGAAAUGGAGGCACUGGAAAAUAGUAAACUUAAUGAGGACAGUGGUUAUUCCUCUAUGUUAAGUAGCCAGUACAGUGAUGCAACAGAACAAGAGGACAGCCUGCCCUUGGCUGGAAAUCUCUGUAGCACACCACAACACUGCCUUGAGAAGAACGAGACCCAAGUGCAGUUGUCCAAGAAGACUUUGUUACCUGUAAGCCAUUAUGAAGAAAUGAUGUGCUCAACUUUGAAAAAAAGUGGUAAAAGAAAUCUCAAAUCUUGGACUACUUUUGACAGAAUUGUUUUCAGGGAAAAUUUUGAACUUCGUAAUUUAAUUGGAAAGAAAAUGGGAUUAGAUAGAGUAGACAUUCUUGCUGAGCUCUUCCAAAAGGACCUGAAGCAUAUAUUAGCAAGCAUCUUAAGACAUCUUGGUGAGAUGGACUUAAUAAAUUUCACCAAAGUCAGUGCAACAUGGAAGAAGAUUUUGCAAGAAGAUAAAUGGGGUUUCCAAAUGUAUAGUAAAGCUUUGGAAAACCUUUCUAGUGGCACUAAGACGUCAGAACAUGCUGCAACAAGGGAGUAUGUUCUCUACCGAGCGGCUUUAGCUUCAGUUCAGAAAGCAACCCCACCAAACAGCCUGAGUAAAAAAGGCAGCAGAUCCAAAGCAUCUAAAAAUUACAGCAGGCUCAUGGAGUUCUCUGAGGCAGCCAAGACCUUGAAAAACACUGAAAGCUUCAAAGUCUGCAAUCGCUGUGGCUCACCUGCAAAGUACGACUCCUAUCUGCAAAGAGCAAUGUGCAAUCGUGAAAGCUGUGGCUUUGACUUCUGUACAAAAUGCCUGUGCAGCUACCACAGCUCCAGUGACUGUAUGACUGGCAAACCAGUGAAAUCAAGCUUUAAGCUGGGAACCCUCCCUGGGACUAAGAAAAGCAAGCAGAAUCUGCGUCGAUUGUGAUCCAUCCUGAUACACGCUGUCAGAUGUGCCAUAAAGGGUUUUUAGGACAUUAAUCCUUCCACAAAGAAAACCAAACCAAAAAAUGCUUUCUGCUAUUAUUCUGCUUGUUAAAAAAAAAAA